AUGUACGGUAUAAAUAAACUACAGAAAUUACAGAAUACUUUAGACCUUUAUGCUAAUAUGCGACCUUUCGAUAAAUUAUCUUUAUCCUUCCUUCGUUCUAGGGAACCCACGGAAAAGGUGAAUGUAAAAACUCUCGAAGAAUUAAGGCGAUCAAAGAUAGAGUUGGAGGAGAUGAAAAAACAUGUCGCAAAAAUUCAAGAAAAAAAUAGAGAUUUGAAAAAUGAAAUACUAGAACUCGUGAAAAAGGAACAAUGGGAAAAGAAAAAUCGAGGUUCGGUCGAAUUGGAAUUGAUCAAAGAAAGAGAGCAGCGGAAAAAAGAAAAAGACCAGUGGGAAAAAGAGAAGCAAAAUUUGAUCGAAGAGAACGAGCAGCGUGAAAAAAAGAAGAGAAGGUUGCUCGAAGAGAAAGAGCAGCGUGAAAAGGAGAAGCGUAAGUUGAUUGAAGAGAAAGAGCCGCGUGAAAAGGAGAAGCGUAAGUUGAUCGAAGAGAAAGAGCAGAGUGAAAAGGAGAAGCGUAAGUUGAUUGAAGAGAAAGAGCAGUGUGAAAAGGAGAAGAGAAAGUUGACAGAAGAGAAAGAGCAUUGUGAGAAAGAGAAGAGAAAGUUGAUCGAAGAGAAAGAGCAUUGUGAGAAAGAGAAGAGAAAGUUGACCGAAGAGAAAGAGCAGCGUGAAAAGGAGAAGAGAAAGUUGAUCGAAGAGAAAGAGCAAUGGGAAAAAGGAAAAAAAGAUUUAAAAAAGGAUAAUAAACAAUGGGAACAAUGGAAAAAUGAAAAGCAGAAUAUGGAAAAACAUAUAGAGACUUUAGAACAACACGAAAAAACGCAAAAGAAAAAUUUCACGCAAAAUCUUCAAGAAGUACAGGAGGCUUAUAAAAAGAAAAUAGAUGCUUUAACUCAAAGAUUAGACGAGAAAGGGAAUGGUUUACGUGAAUUAGAAGAGAAAAACGCCGAGCUCCGAAGGGAGGCAUCUAAAUAUCAGUCAGCCCUUGGUAUUGCAACGAAUGUUCGCCUUGGUGAUGAUGACCAGAAUCAUUCGGUUCAAUUAAAACGGGACAUCGAAAAUUUACAAAGCGCAUUAGAAAAUUAUGUAACACAUUUGAAACCCAAUAUGAAUAUUGACGUUGAAAAAGUACGAGCCGCUGCAAAGGGAUAUAAUUGUAAGAACGAAGUUACUGAAAAGAACUUAGAUAAGUCCUUCAUUAAAGCAAUUCUACAACGCAUAACAUUAGACAUGGUGUUAUCCUAUCGGUCACAGUUAUUUAAACAUCAAGGUAAAUACUACGCACUUGAAUCGGAUAUUGAGCUAAGAACGAGAGACUUAUUAGAACCAAUCAAUACGUUAUUAAAAUCUCGCUGUGGAAAUGAUAAAGUAACUGACGCGACAAUGAUAAAGAUACGUCAGCAAGUUUAUGGGAUUCUGGGUAACCGUGGAUUUAACGAUAUAAUCCGUAAUGAUCAAACCUAUAUACAUAAUCUUAUACAACACAUUAGCGAAAAACUUAAUGAAAUGAUGAACGGAUAUCGUAAGAUUAAUGACGUUAAUAUGAGAAACCGAGUUGAGUCGAUGGCGCCAAAACUUGUUCGAGAUAUUUGCAAAUUAUUUUGGUUUCGCGUAAACGUUCAAGAGCCACCCUUGGAAUACUUUUUUUUUCCUGAGAAUGUUAUAAUUGAUCAAAAUAUGAUGGAGGGAAAAUGGAAUGACGAUGAAACCAAUCAAUUACACGUGGAUAUCUGUUAUUUUCCAAUGUUCGGAUCAAGUUUGCAAUUUCCGGAUAGAAAAAUACACACGCCUGCAAGAGUGUUUCCACAAAAAAAUUAA